AUGAAAUACUUCAUCGCCAUCUCCCUGCUCGUCGCCGUGGCUUCGGCCGCUAUGGUCAAGCCUGUGGGCUCUGAGCUCGCCGAGCUCCAGGAGAUCAUUGCCGCCAUCAACAGCCCCAGCACCGACCCCGCCACCGCCGCCGCCCUCGAAGAGAUGCUCCUCGAUGUUCUAGGCAUCAAGCCCGAGCCUGUCGACAUUGGACCCGCAAUCAUUGACGCUGGCCACCACCCCAUCUCUAUCGGUCCUGCCAUCAUCGACUACCCUCUGCCCGAUGGUGCCCUUGCUGAGGAGCCCGUUGUCCCCGGCCCCGCUGUUGUUGCUCCCGUUCCCGCUGAGGUCGCUCCUGUUGCCCCCGCCGCUCCCGCCGCACCUUUGGUCCAAAUCGUCCUCAACAUCAACCAGGCCGCCGCUGAGGCUAGCCCCGUUGCUGUCGGCCCUGCCAUCAACCGUCCCACGCCUGAGUCCAGCGUACCUGCUGGUCCUGCCAUCAACCGUCCCACACCUGAAGCCAGCGUGCCUGCUGGUCCUGCCAUCGACCGUCCCACACCUGAGGCCAGCUUGCCUGUUCUCCCCAUCGGUGUCGUCGCUCCUGGAGCCGUGAAACCCACCAAGCCAGUAUUCGUCCUCCCUGAGGCUGGUGUUUCCCCCGUGAGGCCCGUCAAGCCUGUUCUCGUCAUCCCCGAAGCUGUCGGCUCUCCCGUGAAGCCCUCUAAGCCCGUCGUUGCCUAA